UGUUGUAUUGAAAACCGAGACGAGGAGCGGAGCAGAGGGCAGAAACUCGCCGGUAACCACUCUAACCCCCCAUUACAAUUAUUUCCAGGCAAGAAGAAAACAAUAACAAUAAUUUAACAAAUAUUAUCAGACUAGCGUCAGAGCCAGGAGAGUUUGCUUUAACCCAGUGGACCGCAACAAGAAGCACAGAUGGACACCAGAACCAACAAUGAGGAAAAAUCUGUCCAGAGAUCUAAGUCUUUCAGCUUCAAGACCCAAAAAGAAGUGUGCGCAUCAUGUGAGAAGACAGUCUACCCAAUGGAGAGAUUGGUUGCCAACAACCUGGUUUUCCAUUCAGCAUGCUUCUGCUGCAAGCACUGCAAAGCCAAACUGAGCCUUGGCUCCUUUGCAGCUCUUCAAGGCGAGUUUUACUGCAAGCCCCACUUCCAGCAGCUUUUUAAAAGCAAAGGGAACUACGACGAGGGUUUUGGACGCAAGCAGCACAAAGAGCUCUGGAGCUCCAAGGAGUCCGAUAAUAUAACAAAGUCACCAUGAUCUCGCCUGCCUUUUUUUUUGUCCUUUCGAACACCUCCAGCAUGUUGCAAUGAACACAUGCCUCAUAUACUGGGGCCCAGUUAAUUCGACCACACACUCACAUGCUUUUCAAAAUGCCAUCCGUACAGACACAUGCACAAAAAGCUUAGAAAUGACCCAUAGCAUCAAAAUGUGUGGACAUACUGUACAUUUUACCAAUAACCUUUUUUUUUUAGAUCUUAUUUUCCAAUUUCUUCGUGGGAUUGGUAAUUGAUUGUGACCAAAAUAUUUCCCUGAUAUGGGGAGCGCAUCACAAUGUAUUUUAGAUUUUCUUUUUUUUUCUUUGACUCAUAAUAAUAAUUUGCACCAUUUUUUAAUAUUUUAUCACAACCUCAGGCAUUUCAGAAGAGUUUCAGAGCAUCAAAUGUUUGAAAUAGAGCAUGCACUCAGGUCAAUUUUUACCCUAUGAUUACGGAAAUAUGUAGAUUCCAACCAAUAUAACAACAGAAAUGUAUAUCAUCCAUUACAGUGGUACGCUGUCAGACAAAUUUUUCUGCUUCAAAUGUUCAGGAACAAACAGGGUACAGAGUACUGUAUAAUAACCAUGCACAUUGGCAACAGCUCACCUCAUGUUUUCAUUCUUGUAGUUACAUUUAUUGAUAUUCAAUUCAUUCCCUUCAUGUUUUUAAAUUACAAUUCUCAGUCUUAUCCUUGCAUGUUAGUAUGACUGGGUCUUAAUAGCCUUACCUUUUGACUGUAAUCAUGUCCUGUGUUGUGAAUGGUUUUGUUUCAUGAAUGCACAGCAGUCUGUAUCUAAAGGUAAAAGGAUGAGAUCCUUUGUGCUUUUAUUGUUGGAAUUGUAAAUGAUUUCUGAACUUGUGUUUUGUAUGUUAUCUGUACAUAGAGCCGUGGUUCGUGAUUGUUGACUUUUCCCCAACCUUACUGUACCCCCACUUUGCACAGACAAACAGUUACCAAACAUGAUGUUAAAAAACACAAGAAAAUUGAGGCCUUGUCUGUUGUAUAUAAAAACAGACAAGAAAAUGUUGCUCCUCUGUUGUUUGAGGCAUGUUAGUCAUUGAUAGUCUUGUGAAGAUUGUGAUUGUUAAUCCUAAAUUCUAAAAGAAUCAGUCUACUCUAUGUUAAUUCAUAAAGAUGUGUAUGAAGCCUUUUGGGUAAGAGAGAAAACAUCUUCAGGAAGUGAGGAAAAAGUUCAAUUACAUUUUCUUAAAGUACUUAGGAUUAUGUGGCAUUCUUACAUUUAGAUAGUUUGUACAGACAUGGUUUCUUGUUUUAUCACUGUGCUCACUUCCUAUUACUCUUUCCAUCUAAAAAAAGGUGGACUAGAUUCACUUUUGUAUUAUUGCCUUUUUUCUUCACAUUUUUUUUUUACUUUGUUUCAUAAUUAAUAAGCAGUUUAGCAAGUGGACCUAAUCAUAAAAUGCUAGUUUUGCAGCCUUUUGAUGGAGAGUUUGGAUCCUGUGAUCUAGACGUGAAUCUUGCAUGCAAAACCCAUUGCAGAGCUCCCUCUGCUGGGGUAAGUUUGUUAUUGAUGUUUAGUGUGAAAGGGCGCUGGAAAUAAUUUGCCUAUGAACCUAACAUAGCCUUUUUGAAUAUUUUGCCUCAGUCUGCAGUGCAGCAGAAGUACGGCUGCUUUUAUCUCAAGUGAUCCUAGUUAAUCAAGGUUUCCAUGUUUAUAUAUUCCAUCAAUCUCACUCUAAAAGCUCUAAAAUAUCUAAUUUCCUAAAAUGUGUGAAUAUUGCCGACACUUGAAUUACUUAAAGUACGUUUCUGUGACUGAAAGUCUACUGUGAAACUGAGCAUGCUGUGCAGUAAAGUUAGAUCUAACCAUAUACCUUUUAAGAAAAAGAAGCCUUUGAAAUAAGUACUUGAGGUUAUUGUAUUUUUAACAAAGUCCCCCCCAACAAAAAAACAAAGUUAAUGCAGUUUAUUUUUUCAAGCUGUUCAUUCUAGAGAUCUACUCUGUAACAAAAUCACUUCAACAAACCAGUGGCUGUUGUUUUCCUCUAAACUUAACUCAUCAUUUUUAUCCAUGUUUUCAAUAAUGAAAGGUAUAACAGCAUUUUUUUUCUUUUUAACAUCGUCUUUAUGUCCACAGCAAAUGAUUUGAAGUCAAUAUUUAGGAAUACUGUUUCUAUUAUCCUCUGCAGUUUGCCAAGGUACAACAGCAAACUCUUUGAGCUACAUACUUUGAUUAAUAAAGCAGAAAAGGUACAUUUUACACUGGUGCAAAGAGGCUCAGGUGAAUGAUUGCAGUGUGACAUUUUAAUGAUUAAUCUGUCUGUUCCUUUUGUGCUGGACAUACAUGUUGACUAUUUUCUACUGCUGUUGUCACCGAGACAUUAAUAAUGUAUGCAUCUUUGAGGGUGUAUUCUGUUUUCCAGACUUGACCUCUGAGUUAAGAUGGCCUUACAGCAAAAAAAAAAAGACAUUUAGACUGUAUUUUCAGUCUUUCCCCCAUUUUCCUUUAUUACUAGUAGUUAUUUGUUCUAUGAUACAUUUUCUAAUGUAAGCACGCCCCUCCUCUUUCUCCGCCAUAAUACUCAAUCAGUUUUGUGCAUAUUUUCUUUUUUUAUUCAUUUCCUUUUUUGUUUUGUUUUUUACAUGCUUUUGAAAAAAAUAAAAUAAAAUGCUGGUGUUGAAAUAAUACAUUUUGCUUU